AGUCAUCUCCGCGUUCAAGUUCUUGUUGUCUCCAUGGCUCGACAAAACAAACGAGCAAUUGCCUCGACAUCCUCUUCUGCAGCCCCGGGAACAAGCUUUGACAACGCUCUCUAUUUCGCCUCGCCUGCCGCCUUUAACGACUGGCUCGCGGCCCACUACAACACCCACACUGAGCUUUUCGUAGGGUUCCACAAGAAGCACACAGGCAACCAGACCAUGACUUGGUCUGAAUCCGUUGACGAAGCGCUUUGCUGGGGCUGGAUAGACGGCCAUGCCCGCAGUGUCGACGCCAACCGAACAGCUCGCCGUUUCACACCGCGGGCCAAAAAGAGCCAUUGGAGUCGUGUCAAUGUUGACAAAUUCGCUGCUCUCGAGACCGCGGGAAGAAUACACGAGCCCGGAAGGGCUGCUUUUGCGCGUAGAACCGAGGACAACACCGCGCAGGCGUAUUUCGAACGACAAGCCCACACUCUGAGUGAUGAGUUUGCAGCCCGUCUUGCCGCCAACUCAGAGGCUUCUGAAUACCUGGAGGGGCGGGCAGCGGGGUAUAGACGACAGGUGUACGACUGGGUCAUGUCAGCAAAACGGCCUGAGACCCAAGAGAGGCGGCUGACAGAGCUGAUUGACUCGUCAGCGCAGCAAAUAGACGUGAAGCCAUUCAGGCGGUGA